AUGUCAUGCCUUGGAAAACGACCCAAAUCUAGCCCCGAAUUGGGAAUCCACCUCGACGGCGAUACAUACAUUCCUGGUGAUACCAUUACAGGACUUGUAUACAGAACAACCCAUAUAGUGAGCCCAGACUCAUCACUCAGCGUAUCCAUUAUUGGAACAGCUAGUACAAGCGAACCUUUCAAGGAUAGAAACGGUGAUUUCGCAUGGGGGAUAAAACUGCAUCACCAUUGUCAGACCAUAUUUACGGGACCUUUACAUAUCGAGAACGGUGGCCAUAAGGAGUGGACAUUCAAUAUACCUGUUCCACUAUAUGUCGACCCAAAAGUCAACAAUGGCAGGCAGAAUUUCAGCUAUAUUCCUCUGGAAACGACGGACCACGAACUGCCUCCGUCGUAUGUCCUUGGCGAUGGAAGAGAAGAGAGAACAUCAGCGUGCAUCCAGUAUGUCAUCGAAGCCAAACUUACAGUUGAAGUUCAUGGAGAGACCGAAGCCUUUGAGGCUAUCUUUCCUUUCAAGGUCAUACCAUUGACGACAGAUGCUCCUAUUGCCGACUUCAAAUCCAGACGAAUCCGCUAUCCACGCAAGAUCUCAACUCAGAGCCUCAUUCCAGGAUCAGAAGAUUUGAAAUUGUCUUCGCUACAAAAGAUUCGGAAGAACUUUAGCUUUUCAUCAGACCCUAACCUGGCAUUUGACGUUUUUGUUGACGUCCCAAGGAUCAUUCAACUUGAUAACCCAACGCCUAUACCCAUCAAGCUUCUAGUGGCACCAAACUGGCAAAAGACAAGUCCCAUCAUUCAAAAUGUUCCACAAGAAGUCAAAAUUAGAACUGUACACAUUUGGAUAGUCACGGAAACAUCAUUGAAUGGAAUAUUUGGAGCAAGAAGAACAGAAGUAGACCUUGGAGUUGUCCAAGCUCUCAACAAACUCAAUACAAAGCUUCGGAUACCCUUCAAACGUCAAUGGGAGCCUAUCGACGUCGGAGAAUUGUGUGGCCUGCGGAUAGGUCUACAGGAUACGGGAUUCCCACAAGAAUGGAAUUUUGCACAGUCGGAGUUUACGCAUUCGUUUUGCACAUAUAAUAUGAUGGUUACGCAUGGAAUUAAAUGGUGGGUGGAGGGCGAAAUUGCGGGAGUGAAGUUUGAUGUGGGCGGGGAGGCGGAUUUGUUGAUAUUAAAACCGAGUGAUGAUCGAGUACGACCUGAAGGGAUGGAUGGUGAAAGUAGUAGGACGGCAGAGGCAGAGGCUGAGGCUGAGGUACAACGCGAUGAAUCGUGGAUUAGGCCGCCUGUAGAAGAGGCAGCACCGGCAUACAGAAACCUCGACGGUACUUAG